AUGAGCAUAUGUGUGUGUGUGUUGAAGCCUGUGUUUGAGGUGAAGAUGUUUGUUCUGUGCUCAGUGAGCUUUCUUUUCCUCGUCUCUACAGAACCCAGAACCUCGCUGGAUAUGGUGCCGGGAAGCAGUGAGGCUGCGCCAUUCAGUUUUGAAGUGUGUGUGAAGAGCUCGUGGAGUUUAGAGGUCCGAUUGACAGAGCACGAAAAUAACACAGGUUCAGAGCAAACCUAUCAGGUCCAGAUUGGACAAAGUGAAGAACGUCAUGUCGUCACUCAGAGCACUGUGAGUAAGGAGGCUGGAGUUCAGGUCGUGUCGUGGGUGUGGACCUCAGCGCUGCCGCUCCAGUGCACUGAUCACUCCGUACGGAUCAGACGUGUUCCCGGUUCAUGGACUGACUGGACGACUCAUUAUGGUCAGCAGAACAUUAGCUCCAAUAGUUUGAGGUUAUUUCCAAAGCAGGAGGUUUUACAGGAAGGAUUGUCUGUCUUCUUCUGCUGUAUCCCUCCUGAUGGAGCUCAAGUCACUGCCCUCUACUUCUCCAACACUCCAUACCCUCUAAUCAACAUCAGUGACCGUGUCAGAGCCAUCAGAGUGCUUGGACUCAAUACCACUGACAUCGGCGUGAACUUCAUCUGCCAGGACGACUCUGGAAAGGAACAAGCAGUGUUAAACUACGUCACCUUUCCUCCUGAGAAGCCGAAGAACCUGAGCUGUGAGACGAGGAACCUGAGGAACGUUGUGUGUUCAUGGACACCAGGCAGAGAACCCAACCUGGGCGGAGAUCAGAGACGCCGAUACACACUCCACAUCCUGAACACAGAUGGAGUGAUCUUCUCAUGUGAUAAGAGACCCUCCUCCUGUGAGUUCCCAGUUCUCCCAGAUCUGAUCUUCUACAACAUCUCUGUGGUGGUGAACAACAGCCUGGGGGAGGAGCGAGAGAGCUACGCCUUCAACAUCACAAACAGGGUGUUUCCUCUCAUCGAGGACAUGGCGGUGAUUCCUGGUGCACUGGAUGCUGAAGUGUUUUGGAUAUUAGACGGGAAUUUUACAGGCCUGCAGUUAGUGUGUCAGAUCACUGUGGAGCCGAUAAACACAACCACAGAGCUGAAGUGUGUAGUUGCUGACUGUGUGAGGAAUCUCAGUGCGCGUGUGCGAGGGCUACAGCCGAGCUCUCAGUACUCCACCAGGGGGCGCUGUGCAGUGCAGCACAACAGCUGGGGCUCAUGGAGCACAACACACACCUUCAGCACAGAGCCCAUGGUGACACUGGAUGUCUGGAGGAGGAUGAAGGAGAACCAUGACAGUCGCAGGAUCAGGGUUCUAUGGAGAACCUUCAGCAGCAGCUCACACUACAUCAUCGAGUCAUAUGAAGUGUGUGUGCAGCAGCAGGACGAGAGCAGAGUGUGUGUGAACGUCACAGAAACACAGGUGGACUUUACAGUGGGGCACGGAGUGUGUGACGUGUCGGUGAGAGCGAUUACACACACAGGACUGUCCCUGCCUUCCUCUAUUACAGUUCCUGCACAGAAGACAGACCCCACCCCAAAGGAGAAGAGGAUUAUUGGUAAUGCAGAUGGUCUCCUGUUAACCUGGCCUUCACUCUCCUCAGCGACAUGUGGCUACACCCUGGAGUGGUGUAUGAUGGGUAAUUCAGGACCAUGUGACCUGCAGUGGAGGAAAGUCUCAGCCAAUCAGAUGUCAUUAUUUCUCUUUGCAGAUGAGUUGAGAAUAGGCUGUAGAUACACGUUUAAUAUCUACAGCUGUCACUCAGACGGACAUCAGAUUUACAAGAGACACAUCGGAUAUCUAAAAGAACUGAGGCCCCUGCAGGCUCCUGAUGUACAUCUUUCUCCGUGUGUAAGUUCUCACUCCAUCACACUCGAGUGGAGCUUCGAUGAGGAGGAUCACACUCACCCCGGGUUCAUUACAGGAUACACACUGACUGUACACACCCAGCCGGAUAACACACAUGGUCAGUCUCACACACACGGUGUGUACAGUGUGACAGUAGAUGAUCCUCACAGUAAGUGUGUGACAGUUGAAGGUCUGUGUGAGUCUCAGCGUUACACACUCCGUCUAUCUGCUUGUACUAAAGCGGGCUGUGGGACUGAGAGUGUGUAUACUUUUACAACACCACCAAAGUACUAUGUGCUGGUUCUAAAGGUCGUGACCCCUCUCCUCCUCCUGAUUGGCUGUUGCUGUUACCUGUGGUCUUACAGAAGCGUUGUGACAGGAAUCGUUGUUGAUGUGUUUAUUUUCCCAAGACGUCAUGACAUGAAGAUGAUGGAGCUGGAUGAAGAUGUGUAUAAGGUGAGUAAGGAGAUCGGUGCUCUGGUGGUGGAGGAGUGUGAGAGCUGUGAUGUGGAAGAUCACACGAGCUCGUUCUUCGACACUGACUCGGGUAGUGAGGAGUUAAUGACGGCGAGCAACCUGACGUACCUGCUGGUCUCUAACACACCUGAAUACGCAAAGCAUUGUGGGUCGAGCAGCAAUGGCUACUUAAUCCCUACAUCACCACACUGAUGUCAGGUCCGUGCCAGAACCGGUGUCAAACUCAACCCAGUCUACAAACAUGGACUCUGAGAACUACAACUCCCAGUCAACUCCCAACACACACUGUCAAUACUAACCACACACACCUGGAGUUUAUUACACAAUCAUUUUACACUGUGCAGUAAUACUCAGUAAUACUAAUACUAUCUCUA